AUGGCCGUCAAACUCGCUGGACCGUGCGUACCGGAGCUGAGACCGUGCGUACCGGAGCUGAGACCGUGCGGCCCGGAGCUGAGACCGUGCGGCCCGGAGCUGAGACCGUGCGGCCCGGAGCUGAGACCGUGCGGACCGGAGCUGAGACCGUGCUUAUCGGAGCUGAGACCGUGCGGACCGGAGCUGAGACCGUGCGGACCGGAGCUGAGACCGUGCGGACCGGAGCUGAGACCGUGCGGACCGGAGCUGAGACCGUGCGGCCCGGAGCUGAGACCGUGCGGAACGGAGCUGAGACCGUGCGGCCCGGAGCUGAGACCGUGCGGACCGGAGCUGAGACCGUGCGGAACGGAGCUGAGACCGUGCGGACCGGAGCUGAGACCGUGCGGCCCGAAGCUGAACUAUCGUUCUGGCGGCGGCGGCCUGCGCAGCCCUUCCCGCACCUACUUUGCCCGAGGUGUUCGAGUUGCUAUGGCGUUGCUAAGGGGGCGUGGCUUCGGGAUCGGUCAAUUAAUCUGA